AUGGAGCUGCAGGGGACGCAGCCACACAAGCAACUGCAAACAGCAUGCGAUGCGAAGGGGAGGGCUGAAGUCCUUCGGCAUCUCGCGCUGAAAAGGCCAGAGACGAAACCUGCCGCACGAGAGGCUCUCACAGGCCACGUUUUGACAGCAAUGCGAGGCGGCGACGAGGAGGCGGGCGCACGCAAAGGCCCCAACGUGUGUCGCCCGCGGCAGCCGCCAAAGGGGGAGAAUGAAGCUGUACAUGCGCCCCGCAAGACCAUGGUGCACAAUGGUGGACUGAGGGAACGGUAUGCGCUUGUGAUGCAGAUGCGCUCUAAUGAAACGCAGGAGGCCCUUGCCCGUGAAGGCGAUCUCUCGCGUAUCAUCAUUGAUCUGCAGAAGAGCAUGGCCGACAUGAAGGCGUCACGUGAACUCGAGCGUGAGGUUCACGCACGAGAAUCUUUUUAUCUUCUUAAAGAAAACGAGUCUCUCAAGAACCAGGUACGGGUGGCGGAGAAACUGCUUGCGGACGCCCGGAGCAUGCACGAUUUGGAGCUUUCCGGUCUGAGGAAGAAGGUCUCUGACAUGGAAGACCUUCUUGCCGGUGAACAGGAACAUAGCAAGACGAGGGAGGCUGAGCAGGAACGUGUCAUUCAGCAGCUGUGCAACAGCCUUUACACCACGCAGAAGGAGCUGGAGCGCUACAUGGGGGAUAGACCGCGAGUUGGCUUCUGCGAAGCAAUUCGUGGCGGAACUGAGGGCAGAGAGCCGGAGGUCCCAGCGGGAGUGCGGUGUGUGGCAGGAGAUACUUAG